UUAGUAAAUAAUCAACAAAACAAAAUAACAAACAAACAAUCUGUAAAUCAACCACAAAGUUUUCCAGAAGAUCGGAUUUCAAGUAUUUCGGCUGCAACAAAAACUAAAACAGCCGGAUAUCUGUUCUACUCCAGCCUUCAAAACCAUCCUCUUUAAAACCAGAAAAACAAGCUCUUAUAAGCAGUUCUAUCCGACCGUUAAGCUCAAUCUCCAUUGCCCUUUUAAACCCCUCAUGAGACAACAAGCGCAUAUCUUCAUCCUUCCCAGUUCCCUGAUCUACAAAACAGAUCCAAAUAUCAAAGAGAAAGGGGAAGAAGAAGAUGGCAGACCUGGAGGCUCAGGGAGAGAAUCAAAAGCAGCCACUUUUAAGCAUAGCUGCAUUGUCACAGAAUCAAAAGAGCCAGGCACACAAAGCCAUUAGCCAAACCUUCCAAAGCACUGCACAUCUAGCCAACUUACUUCCCACAGGAACUGUGCUCGCCUUCCAGCUCCUCUCCCCCAUCCUUGCCAACCAGGGCCAGUGCACUUCAGCCAACAGAUUCAUGACCACAUGCUUGCUUUGUAUGUGCGUUCUCUCCUGCUUUAUACUCAGCUUUAGCGACAGCUUCCGAGAUUCUGCAGGCAAUGUGCAGCAUGGAUUGGCCACCUUCAAUGGUUUCUGGGUUGUGGACAGCCCCGAAUCCCUUCCAGAUGAUACAGCGAGGAAGUACAGGAUAAGGUUUGUGGACUUUGUUCAUGCUUUGAUGUCAGUGAUGGUUUUCAUGGCGGUCGUGUUGGUGGAUCAGAAUGUGGUGGCCUGCUUCUAUCCGACACCUUCGGAAGAUGUGAAGCAGAUAGUUACAGCUUUACCUGUUGCAAUUGGGGCGAUUUGCAGUGUGAUGUUUCUUGCCUUUCCUACCACUCGCCAUGGAAUUGGCUUCCCUCUUUCAGCUCAAUGA